AUGUCGGCCUCGCUACCGGGGAAUAGGGAACUUCCAGACUCGCAGUAUGAUUUGAACACGUACUGGGGCCGCGUUCGCCAUGCGGCUGGCAUCACGGAUCCGAGGACUCUGUUUGCCGGCAAGGCUGGCCUGGAGCAGGCCAAGCAGGCUCUGAUAGCAUACAAGCAGGGGAGCGUCAAAGACAUGACACCUGAGCUGUGGAAGGCAAAGAAGAUUGUGGACUCAACGCUUCACCCAGACAAUGGCGAACCGGUUUUCCUGCCCUUCCGCAUGUCUUGCUAUGUUCUGUCGAACUUGGUUGUCACGGCUGGAAUGCUGCAGCCAGGCCUCAGUACAGCGGGGACGGUUGCCUGGCAAGUAGUUAACCAGUCUCUCAACGUCGCUAUCAACAGCGCCAACGCCAACAAGUCCUCCCCUCUUACCUUCUCCAAGCUGGCGCAAUCUUACUUUCUCGCAGUAGGAGCCUCAUGCUCCGUCGCAGUCGGACUCAACAGCCUCGUGCCGCGCUUGACCUCGCUCAAGCCCUCCACACGCCUCGUGCUCAGCCGUCUGGUCCCCUUCGCUGCCGUGGCCUCUGCCGGUGCCCUGAACGUCUUCCUCAUGCGAGGCGAGGAGAUUCGUCGGGGCAUUGACGUGUUCCCCGUGCUUUCAGAGGCGGACAAGGCCAGGUUGGCGGCCGAGGGCAAGGCCGAAAGCGAGGUUCAGAGCCUGGGCAAGAGCAAGGUCGCGGCCAAGCUGGCGGUUGGCGAGACGGCGCUGUCCAGGGUGCUGAACGGCUCCCCCAUCAUGGUAAUCCCGCCGCUGGUGCUGGUGCGGCUGCAAAAGACCGAAUGGCUCAAGAGGAGCCCGAGGUUGACGUUGCCUAUCAAUUUGGGGCUCAUCUUGGCCACCAGUUAUGCGGUACUACCGCUCGCGCUAGCAGCAUUCCCGCAGAGACAAAGGAUCUCGGCUGACAGACUUGAGGAGGAAUUCCACGGCCGCGGAGGAGAAGGCGGCAUGGUCGUGUUCACAAGGGGAUUAUGGGACGCAACUGAAGCAGUUUUUGUACUCAAAUCAACGGUUAAGAGCUUCCAGUCCGAGCUGCUCGCUAUGCGAGUCGUGCAGUGCCCUGAUAUUGAAUCGAUGUUUUGA